UGAGGUGUGUCUAAGUUUUUACCUGGGAGCAAAGUGAUGCAAGCGUUUCUGGUGAGACCAAUCCUCCCUGCAGGGUGGGGAGGAGCAGCCUAACAGUCAUCUGUAGACUCCUGGGGAAGACUACAGUGAGGCCUCCGGACAGGCUUGGUUGAGACACCUUCUGCAGACGGUUGAGAGAACAGACACUGGGAUUGCUCUUUGCUCACCAGGGAAACCAGAGAGGAUGGCUUGGCUCUUCCCCAGAACCACAGGGGCUCUGGCCAUUUUAAUGGUGGUUGUAUUGGUUCAUGGAGAACUGCGAAUAGAGAUAAAAGGACAACAUGAGGAAGAUGGGGCAGCAACGCAGCAAGCCAGAAGAAGGUAUAAACGUGAAUGGGUGAAAUUCGCAAAACCCUGCAGAGAAAGAGAAGACAACUCAAAAAGAAACCCCAUUGCCAAGAUUACUUCAGAUUUCCAAGCAACUCAGAAGAUUACCUACCGAAUCUCUGGGGUAGGAAUUGAUCAGCCUCCUUUUGGAAUCUUUGUGGUUGACCAAAACACUGGAGAUAUUAACAUAACAGCCAUAGUAGACAGAGAAGAAACCCCAAGCUUCCUGAUCACCUGUCGUGCCCUAAAUGUCCUGGGACAAGAUGUAGAGAAGCCACUUAUGUUAACAGUGAAAAUUUUAGAUGUUAAUGAUAAUUCACCAGUAUUUUCACAAAGAACAUUCGAGGGUGAAAUUGAAGAAAACAGUGCUUCAAACUCAUUGGUGAUGAUACUCAAUGCCACAGAUGCAGAUGAGCCAAAUCAUUUGAACUCUAAAAUUGCCUUCAAAAUUGUCUCUCAGGAACCUGCAGGCGCACCCAUGUUUCUCAUAAGCAGAAACACUGGAGAAGUCAGAACUUUGACCAAUUCUCUUGAUCGCGAGCAAAUUAGCAGCUAUCGUCUUGUUGUGACUGGUGCAGACAAAGAUGGAGAUGGACUAUCCACUCAGUGUGAAUGUACUAUUAAAGUGAAGGAUGUCAACGACAACUUCCCAACACUUAGAGACUCUCAGUAUUCAGCAAGUAUUCAGGAAAACACUCUAAGCUCUGAGUUGAUUCGAUUUCAUGUAACAGACUGGGAUGAAGAGUUCACAGAUAAUUGGCUUGCUGUCUAUUUUUUUACCUCUGGAAAUGAAGGGAAUUGGUUUGAAAUAGAAACUGAUCCCAGAACUAAUGAAGGCAUCUUGAAGGUGGUGAAGGCUCUAGAUUAUGAACAAAUACAAAACAUGCAAUUUAGUAUUGGUGUCAGAAACAAAGCUGAAUUUCACCAAUCAGUAAUCUCUCAAUAUCGAGUUCAGCAAGUCCCAGUCACAGUUCAUGUAAUAAAUGUAAAAGAAGGAAUCGCAUUCCGUCCUACUUCCAAGACAUUUACUGUGCAAAAAGGCAUCAGUAAUAAAAAAUUGGUCAAUUAUGUCCUGGGGACAUAUGAAGCCAUUGAUGAAGACACUUGCAAAGCUGCCACAUCCGUCAGAUAUGCUAUGGGUCGUAAUGAUGGUGGUUUGCUAGUUGUUGAUUCAAAAACUGCUCAAAUCAGAUUUGUCAAAAACAUUGAUCGGGAUUCGACUUUCAUAGUAAACAAGACAAUCACUGCUGAGGUUCUGGCCAUAGAUGAAAACACAGGUAAAACUUGUACAGGCACCAUAUUUGUUGAAGUACCAGGUUUUAAUGAAAAUUGCCCAGCAGUUGUCCUUGAAAAAGAAAGAGUUUGUAGUUCCUCACCUUCCGUGAUUGUCUCAGCGGGAACACUGGACAGGGAUAAAUAUGCUGGCCCCUACACAUUCUCACUGGAGGACCAACCUGUAAAGUUACCCGUUAUGUGGCGCAUCACAACACUCAACGCUACUUCCGCACAGCUCAGAGCCCAGCAGCAGGUGUCUCCCGGAGUGUACAGACUCCCCCUCGUGCUUACCGACCGAGAGGACAGGCAGUGCGAGACGCCGGAGAGCCUGACCCUGGAAGUCUGUCAGUGUGACGACAGGGGCAUCUGUGGGACUUCUGGACCAGUCAGAGACCCCACAAUCUACAGAAAUCCUGCUUCCUGGAGGCUGGGACCUGCUGCUAUAGGCCUGCUCCUCCUGGGCCUGUUGCUGUUGCUGUUGGCCCCACUUCUGCUGCUGACCUGUGACUGUGGGACCAGUCCUAUUGGGGGAGGGACCGGAGGUUUUAUCCCAGUCCCAGAUGGUUCAGAAGGAACCAUUCAUCCGUGGGGAAUCGAAGGAGCCCAUCCUGAAGACAAGGAAAUCACAAAUAUUCGUGUGCCACCUAUAGCAGGCAAUGGAGCUGAAUUCAUGGAAAGUUCUGAAGUCUGUACAAAUAUGUAUGCUGGUGGGACAGUGGUGGAAGGAGCUUCGGGGAUGGAACUGACCACCAGGCUGGGAGCAGCUGCCGGAUCUGGAGCCACGGCAGGCUUUGGAGCAGCAGCCGGACUUGGUUCCACUGGGCAGUCUGGGACAAUGAGAACAAGACAUUCCACUGGCGGAACCAGCAAGGACUAUGCUGACGGGGCAAUCAACAUGAACUUCCUAGAUUCCUACUUUUCUCAGAAAGCGUUUGCCUGUGCCGAGGAAGAGGAUGUCCAUGACGGGAACGACUGCUUGUUGAUCUAUGACAAUGAGGAGGACAUGGCCGUCCCCAGUUCUCCCGUGGGCUCCCUGGGCUGUUGCAGCUUUAUUGCCGAUGACCUGGAUGACAGCUUCUUGGACUCGCUCGGCCCCAAAUUUAAAAGACUUGCAGAGAUAAGCCUCGGCAUGGAUGAAGAGGCCCAACGGGCUCGGCUCUCCUCUCAAGACAGCGGGGCUAGGAGCGAAUCCAGGGGGCCAGCCCCGGACACGCAGCAGGCAGGAACGAUGAGGGGCCAGACUCUGUCGGGCAGUCAAGGAGUCUUUACUUUGUCUGCUUCAGGGUCUAUGCAACCGGCCAUUUCCAUCCCUGACCCCCUGCAGCACGCUAACUAUUUGGUGACGGAGACCUACUCGGCUUCUAGUUCCCUCGUGCAGCCUUCCUCUGUUGUCUCUGAUCCACUCCUCACGCAGAGCGUAACAGUGACAGAAAGGGUGGUGUGUCCCAGGGCUGCUGUUUCUGGCAGCCUCAUUGUUCCGACAGAGCUACGAGGGUCCCGCAGUAUCCUCUGUACAGAAGACCCUUGCUCCCGUCUGAUAUGACCGGAUUGAACUGGAGUAACUCAAUGGUUGAAUGUAGAAAUUUGAACCAAAUUCUUCAAAUUAGCAUGGCCAAACUCACUGUAUUGGGCUAAUUUGGCACUUACUAGCUACUCUCCUCCAAACUAAACAUGAUUGUAAUUUAAAUUUACUGGUUCAUACCCCAAAACUGGAUAUGUCAUCACUCCUAAUUCUCAAAUACUUCUCAAACUAGAGUAAACCCUAAAAUUUGACCCCCAAAAAAUCCUUAAAGUGAUAUUAGGAAGGAAAACUCCUUAGACAUUUUUAAACUUGUUUCUUCCAGUGCCAAAACAAGGUAUCCAUCACUUUGAAAUGCAAUGUGGGUUAGCGGAUUAAGCACUUGGAAGUGGAGAGCCCCACUUUUUGUCUCACUUUUCUUAUAUCACUAGUACUGGUUUAAAAAUCACGAAGUAUUUGCUAAAGCAUUAUGAGCUGCUUGGAAGAAAGGAAGUUGUUGCUCCUUUUCCCGUCUUGGUGCUGGGAGACCAUAACUGCAUCUUUUGCUCAAGCUAAGGGCUAUGGGCUUAUGCAUUAAACUUCCUACAUCUUUAUUCCACAUAAUCCCACAAUAAGACUAUUUUGAAGUAGAAAUAUCAUGGAACAUGUAAUAAAGCUUAGCAGGUGUAAAUAUUUGAUAUGUAUUAAUCACCUGAUCUAUCCAAAGAAGUUAUCUUACCUCCAACUCCUUCCCUACACAUUCCUCAGGAACAAAUCCUGCACUGGUCUUUAAAAUAGCUUCCUUUUCAAAAUGUCAGUCAGUAGAUGAGUCAUGGGUUGUUUAUUGUGUUACCAAUGUCUGCAGCUUUUGUGGAAAUUCACAACAUAGGUUUAUCUCAUAAGCAAUUGAGGCUAGUAACCAGAAAUGGGGUGAAAUUUGUGAAUAUGUAUUAUAAACAACAUUGGGGCAAAGAGUUGGUGAAAUAAUUUUCAAGUCAAAAAGGGAUAUGGAAGAGGUUUAUAGGUAAAUUAUUUUUAAAACCUUAUUUCUAAAUUAAAUAGCUACACCAGUUUAAUGCUUGAGAUUAGCGAUAUUAGGUUAGUGAAUGUUUAGAAUAUAUUAUUUCACACAUGCUACUAUGGUGGUUAUAUGGCUCUUCAUGUCAUUUCUGGUCACUCAAGAUUUUCACCCCCCAUCCUACACAGAACACCCUACAUCACCUGCUUACAGAUAUGACUGCCAUAGCUGUCUUUACAAGGUCAUUGUCCAGCUCUGGUCUUUCCAGUUGUAUAUAAAAUACAGGGUUUUAAAUCAUCCUUUCUGAUGUUUGUUGCCAUAUUCACAACCUAAAUUUGUUUUUCCAGAUGGACUGCAAAGUAAUCAAAUGUUUUGUGUUUUAACCAAGAAAGGUGCAGUCCUGAUGAUACCUGAGGGGAACAGAUCCCUAAAUAUCCCAUCCCUAGUGCUCUUCCCUCUUCUAGCACAGGCCAAGACCUGCAGCUGCCAGAGCAAGGCGUUCAUGGGCCCAGGCUGGAGGUGAGAGGAAUCAGACUCUGCGGAGCCAGCUGCUGGGUCCUGAGGACGCUGUGUUGCUCUUGUCCCGGCUGCUUCUUGCUUCUGAAUAGAAGCUUGCUCAGGAAGCCGGAGCACAGUCUGUGCCUCUGUUUGCAUGUGAGGACUAAAUGAAUAAUCAUCAUAACCUCUUUUCAAAGCUCAAAAGUGUAUUCAGGACCCUCAAAGCAUUUUAACUUUGCCUCUUAAAACUCAACUAUCAUGAAAUGGGAAUUUUUGCUGCAUCAUUAAGCUGCAGAGGAAUCCAUACGAUACUUGUAAAGAUUAUAGAAGGGAAAAAUGGAAAGUAUUUUAUUUUUCCUGAUUCUCUUUGUUGUUGUUGUU